GUACCCGUACUUCUGUCCUGCAAAUAGUUCUUCGAUGCUGCCUUGUGAUGGAGGGUACAUGCCAGUCAAUGUGACAGAUCUGAGGGAUCGUCUGGAGAAGGCGUGUCUAAUUUGUGAGGCUGGAACCUAUCGAAGUGGUUCUGCCAAUGAGCUCCAUUGCAGUCCUUGCCCAGCAGGCUUCUACUGUCCAGUCGGUUCUGAAAACUACUUGUCGAAUCCUUGUCCAGAGGGCUACUACUGCUCUGAAAUGACCAGAUUACCGGUCCCUUGUCCUCCAGGGACUUAUGGAAACACCAGCCAUGCAAAGCAUGACAGUGAAUGUUACCCAUGUCCUGAAAACACAUUUAACCAUCUGGAUGGAUAGAGAGCUUGUUUUCCCUGUGGAAGUACCUCAUAUUCAAGUCUAGGUUCCACGAUAUGCAAGUGCCAAGGUUUCAAUCAUGCUUUCCAAGAAUCAGAUGGAUCAUGUAUCUGUAAGACUGGGCACGUUUAUUAUGACGAGACAGAUCAGAAAAGCUCAAAUGGCAAUAGAGACAUGGACUGUUACCCAGAGAUGCUGCCAGACCUGCUGAUCUUUUCCAGCAACUUUUUGUUGUUGUUGACAAAUGAACAAGAGAUGAUUGCAACGCUUAAGAGACCACAAAUCUCAUGUGCAGACAAGUAAACCUGGUGAAUGAUCGCUGCACUGUUGGUGAGGUUCGACUGGCUUCUACAAGAAGAUGUGUCCUCCCAGAGCAUCAUAACUGCACUCCAGCAUGUGGGGAAGAUGGAGGAAGGCUGGAUGUGGAACUGGGAAUGUGCCAUUGUAAUAAAUAUAUCUCUGCUGAAGAGCUCUGUGACAGAGUUUGUAUGGCUGGAAUUCUGAAUGUGUCUGCACGUGUCCGUCAUACUGGGGAGCUUGUUUUAACUGUUAAGGAUGGAGCGACCAAAGACCAUAAAAAUUCAGUUGUUCCGCAUGUGCUGGGUCCAGAUGGACACAUCACAGAUAGUCCAAGAGUUCUGUUUAUCCUUUUUGAACCUAAUGGAAUUUUUGGUUUGAUUUUAUCUGGAAAAUAUGUAGUUGACAAGUUCCUGACAGAGUCCAAAUGGUCUGAUAUGUUUCAAAACCCACAUUUCAUAACAAAAAAAAGUUAUUUGCAACGGACCGUUACCACUGUUACAAAUGGAGCAAUUCCCAAAAUUCCAAACCCCAUUGUCUGUCUGAGGCCAAAUGAUUUAAUCCUCUUCAAACUCAGUGUUCAUCAAAGCAAUCGCAGUUUGAGUCACUACCCCAUCUACCGGAAAGACCAUCUUUUCAACACAAAUUCAGACUGGGACUUUGGGUCCUUCAGGAAGUUGGAUCAUUUCAUUAGGGAAACCAAUUUCAACAUUUCCAGGUUUGCUCGUGUUUUCAUGGAACCUGGGAAAUAUGUAUUUUAUGAUAACGCCGAACCUGAACGAACUCUAAUGGUGCACUCUGUAUCCUUGCUGUGAUUACUGCACUGUUUACAGUGUCUGCUAUGGUGAUGACACCUAUUCAGUCAGUAUUAAAUCCCAUGCAAACAUGGAAACCAAAAUGGCGCAGUUUGGGGGAACAUUAUAUCCCAUCUGAG